UCUCUCCAAAUUUCUCUGAUCUCUCUCUCAAGUUUUGUUAAAGUGAAGAAAAGAAAUAAGAAAUAAGAAAAAAAACCGCACACCUGGUGUGGGAUCAGCAACCAUAGAGUUUUUCUUUUUCUUUACCUCCUAUCUCCUUCCUCAGAAUUUAAUCCUCAAUAUUUGCACCGACUUAAACAUUGAAAGUGACCCUCACCACCCCGAGUUCCCAUCUCUUCCAUUCUUGCUUGGAGUUGUUCGGAGAGCGAAACACGACAUCAACACCGAGUGUCAACAGAACCCUGAGCUUUUAGAUAGUUAUCUCUAUGUUUAUUUUCUGAAACGUAAAUCUUUUUCCCUUUCCUUUAUUGUUAUUGUCGGGUGAAGUGAUUUGCUUUGCUCGAACCGAAGUGCUCUUUCCUGAUCCGGGAAAGCUGGUCGAAAUUGUGUUGUAAAUGGGAAAAAAUGCGUUUCUUUCAACUUUUUUCUUCCUUCUGAUCGUUGUCGAUGUUUCCGAUGCUUCCUUGCUCUCGAGUUUCAGAAAGCUGGUGGGUGCCGCGCCUAAAGAUGCUAACGCCACAAUCAUUCAAAAAUGGGGUACUAGGCAAACCGAUGGGUCAGAGAAUAAAGGACCGAAGCCUCUGGUACCCGACAAGUCAACCCAGGUGGAUCCCAAGGGUCUUUCCAAGGAUUUGAGUAGUAGCAAUAAUACUAGUAGUGACAAUAACAAGGGGAAGAACAAUGGAACAGAUCAAAACAAGAAAGAUGAGGAGAAGACCGAUCCUUCGCAAACAGAGAGCACUGAUAAUUGUGAUGGGUCGGUCGCUAAGAGAUGCAACCGGGAUAUGACUGCCUGCAUCCAAAGCAGUCAAAGUGCAGGGUCCAAAGAAGUAGUUGUUCUAGUCCAAAACAAAGGGGAGAGUACUUUGAAAGUGAAUCUUUCUGGGGAAAGCAUUAGUAAGAAUCUGGAAAUACCCAAACAUCAAACUAAAAACAUCACUAUCUCUCUAACUAAUGGCAAAAGCUACAAACUCUUAUUAAAUGCUGGAAAUGGUGACUGCGAGCUUGACGUGCGCCCUCUUGUAGAAGCAAACGUUUACAUGCGUUUUCCUUCUUUUGAUAAACUGUUGACACCAGUAAAUGGUGCAUACUUGUUGAUUCUUACUGUGCUAGUCUUUGGAGGGACGUGGGCUUGCUUUAAACUUAGGAAGAGGAGACACCAUGGUGGAGUCCCAUAUCAAGAGCUUGAAAUGGGUUUACCAGAGUCUGUGUCAGCUAUCAAUGUGGAAACAGCAGAAGGUUGGGAUCAGGGUUGGGAUGAUGACUGGGAUGAAGAUAAUGCAGUGAGGUCACCAGGAGAACGUCAUGCAGGAAGCAUUUCUGCGAAUGGCCUUACUUCUAGAUCUUCAAAUAGAGAUGGAUGGGAAGAUGACUGGAAUGAUUAGUUAGUUGACGGCCAAAUGGGCCAGAAGAAUUUUUUUUUGCUUAAGGUAGGCAAGGUAGCAGAGGAUGAACAAGAUGUCAAAAAAACUCAAAUGUACAACAAAUAUAAAACUUUCUUAUACGUUCCUGCUUUUCAUAACUCAUCAUCUGUACAGUACUCUUUAACUUCAUCUAUAUAGUGAUGAUUUAUAGUA